AUUUUUUUGCCAUACGGUAAAAUAAAUCUACUGACGAUUAAGUAAUAACAAGAAUACAACCAUAUUUUUUUCGACUGAGCUGUACAGUGAUAAUAUUAUCUACACACUUAUGUCGAAGAUGAAAUUCAUAAACGAACAGCAGUUUCAAGUGUACAACCGUCGUCGAGCAUAGACAAAUAAAAAGCUCAAGUUCGUCACCAGUUGCGAAAUGGUAAUAGCCCUAAAAUUCCCCAACUCGUCUUAGAUUCAUAAAAGCCUUGUUUUCCAAUACAAACCCAUGAGGUCGAUCUCUGUAUCUGUCUCUCUGUACAAUCGCCUAAGCGCCGGGUAUGCGGCGUCACUCCAUGGUCCCGAGUCCACUUCUUUUCGUCACCUGACUUUCUCCGGACCGUCCUUGGCCGACGUUUUUUGCUGUCAACAAUGCCCUUGUUUGCCCCUUUGGGCACCCCUCUCGCGGCUUUCUUCAUCCUGUUCCAUUUCAUCGACUGCGACUUUUUUCCCGCUCACAAUCAACUAGUUCUCGCGCCAACGAAUACUUGCCUCUUGCCACCAUCCUCACCAGCUCUAUUCGUUUGUAGAUGUGCGUAUGGUAAUGCUUACCCUGGCGUUAGCAGCUCGAUCGCUGCUUUGACUUGAAUAACAGCGGUAAUCAUGCCAGCAACAUCAGCGACAGUGGCCGUGAUGACCGUUGAUAAUUGUCCUAAUUUAGCUGUGGCUGUGUAGUUACGAUGUCGGUAUUGUCCCAGCUACAUGAACUGGCUUGUCCUACGAUCCUUUUAAUUCACCGGCUAUAGUCAACCGCCGUCGCCUUGGCUCCGUUCCUCUGGAGCGUAGAGGGCGCCCCAGUCGGCCCUCCUUACGAGAGGAAGCUGCUCGCUUAGUGCUGUCUGUGUCCGCCUCCGAUCUCCCUCAAUGCCUGUGGCACAAACUGAACUGCGUGGCCGUCUAUCGGGUACUCGUGGCGAACGCGGCGUUAAGCACUGCCCGUAGCGAACGACCUGCAGCGAAUUAGCCACUGUUCACCGCCUGCAUACCCCUAGAGCGUGGCAGGAACAUUACAUGCUGCCGUCAACCGUUGUCCCGUCAAUAUUCCCUUGUGCGUGUGCUGUAGCGAGCAGUAAACGCUAGAAGGUGAGUACCACUGCUAAGUCUGCUGCAGUCGAACGGAGGGAUAAAAGCAGCAGGAACAAGUGAGCGACCGGGUAAGCUAAGCCAGUGAGCGUUUUAGGGAGAAAGCAAAACAGAUCCAGCCAACGUGUGGUCGAUGGGGAUGAUUUCUGACUGGGCAGUCUAUUUGUCUAUGUCGCCGUGGGUUUUGGUGAAUGUUUCUGUGUUCAUAGGGAGAAUCGGCCCCGAGGCAGGUCUCAAAGUCCUGAUCUAGGGUCCGAUUCGGCGGAUCUUUGUCUUGAAGCAAAAGGAUUGAUAAGUUUACUUAUCAGUGCAUCAUGUUAUUGCUUUGUAUGGCGUUAAUCAUCAAAUCGCGGGAGUGUACGGAGCCGCAGCGCUGUGUGUUCGCUAAUGGUAAGAAGCGCUGACCGCGCUGUUUUGCAAAAACCGUUACUGUGAUCUGGGGACUGUGUUAGUGCACUACGACCUGUACAUUAGACAUGUGGAUUUGAUACUUCUCAGGGCAGUCAGCAGUCGUUGGGGUGGAUAUUAUUGACGUUAUGCGUGAUCUGUGAACUCAGUUGGUCAAUCGUGUGUGAGAAGACUCGUGUACCUUUGUGCCUGCUCGGCGUGAUUUGACAUGCUAGAAUAGGUCGCGUUGUUAUCGUACACGAGCGAAGUGAGUGUUUCGUGGGGUGUGUUUGUCUUCAUGGGGCCAAUAAAUAGCAACAAGUCUGACUGAGUUUUAAUCAUAAUAUCAUUUUCAUAGUUGCGAUGUCGAAGUGUGGCACCGAUCCAUUGAAUCAACCAAAUAUACGGCAUCUUCCUUUGCUCGCCAGUAUUACACAAAAGAAAUAUCUGCGUUGAUGUUUCUCUCUCUUCGCUCAAUCAUACCAACUAAGAGCGAGCCUUUGGUUGAAAGAAAACGAAAUUUUACAUGCAGAUAGGAACGAACAGCAUCAGGCCAUCCGGCAGAAUGGUCGUUCUAUCGACAAUUCUCUGUUAAAAUGCAUUCGAUACAGAAGGCCACUCGACCUAACCGUUUCCGCUGGUAAAGCACGCUACGCUGAUCCGAAGGGUGCAGUAAGAAACGUGUGCGACACUUGCAAGUACCCCGAGAACGUACAAGACGCCACUCGGUAGCCAUGGGAUGACGUCAACGUCAGUAUGAACUGACGAUCGCAGUUGUCCGCAUGUUGCGCAACAUCCGUUUGCACCGAAAGCAGCUACCGAAACCUGCCAGCUCGCCGACUGUGCGACCCGAUCUCUGCCUCGCGGAACAAACCCAACCGUGCCGUAUAACAGAAAGCCGACGCAAGUAAAAUGGCCUUACGUUCUCUGCCGUAGAUGUAUCCGUAUGAGUAUUUCGGUGCAGUAGUGACCAUUGGACGACGGGUCUCAACAAAUGUGCCCUAAUGUGACGUUCACUGUGGCUUUGUAGGUGUCUCGUGCAUUCCGUGGUCGUGAUUAAAGUGAUGUAAGAACGUUUGUACCACUAACAGAUGAACCCUGUGGGACAUCAGACCCUCCCUAUUAUGCCUAGAACCAGUGGCCAUAUGCCUAGAAGUCAAAGUUCGAGAGGUCAGUCAGGGCUCGGUGUAGUGACCGGCGUAAAUUUUGGAGUUGGAAUGGCUCAGCACUCUACUAAGAGAUCCCAACACCAACACGCUAAGCAUUUCAUUACGCAGACGACAAAAGGUAGCUUCACGUCAUACACAGCCAGUAGAGUCAAUGACCUUCCUGCAGAAAUUCUGCGCGAUCGAUUGGUUCAAACAUCCGCCCAUGAAGACCACCGGCGACGGACAAUCAUCAUUGAGCGAGAUCAGUCUCAAGGAGGCUCAUUCGGAUUUACGUUGCAAACGUAUGGCAUUCGGCACCGGGAAGUGUCGGAAAUCGAAUUGAUCACGUAUGUUGACUCUGUAGAACCGUACGGAUCAGCCGCUAGAGCAGGCAUGCGGGCUGGCGACGUGAUACUCUCGAUCAAUGGACAAGACGUCGAGUCAGUAGACCACAACCGACUAAUCCAGAUGAUUCAGGCGUGUGGGAAGGCAAUGCGUGUUGUUGUGCUGUUCGAAGACUGCGUUCGACGAGUAGCCCUUCACGUGAAGUUAAUGCAGUUGAAACGUUCAUAUCAACAAAAGAUCCUUGAGUAUAACCAUUAUGUAGAGGCCGAGCGCAAUAUGAUCGAGACGUUACGAAACAAAGGUGUUAAUACAGAACAUCUCGUAAAAGGAUCAACCGAGCUUCUGCCACUCACAUCAAGUAGCCAAGACGUCCUCUUUCCGUUCCGGAAACUUUCAAGGAGCUUUAACAAACUAAGCGUAUCGCAUUCAAAAUCUGAGUCGAGACUCUUGUCAGAUUCAGCGUCGAACAUCGCUAGCUCUUCAAGCCGUCGACCAACGCACCAUCGUGAUACUUCCGCGUCGUGUUCAACCCUACCGCGGCUAGGUGGGCGACGAAACUCGGCUCGUAGCUUGCCCGCAUCAACAGCAGUCACUCCGGUGGGGUCCCUUGACGGACUCGAACAAGGUGGGGCCCACUUCAAGUCACAUCGGACGUGUAGUACAGACUUUUCUGAUAAUGGCUCAACGGACGGUGGAUUAUCUUCAACCGAGGAGCUGGAAGACGAGGAUGGCUCACCACCCCCUGCAAAGCCGCCCCUUCCGCCUAAAGCUAAAAACCAACGGCAACCAACGGUUGUGCCGAAUCAAGGUAGCGAUCGAGCUCAGGCAAUGAUUUCAGGAGUCGGAUCAACUAGUCAUGAGAGACCACCGACUUUACCGCCGAAACGCUCACAAACCCAAGCAACGUCACACCUCCGAUCUGAUGUGGUCACAAGACUUUAACUCCCCAAUAGCCCCAAAGUG